UCCGGCGGCUGCCCAGUACUUCAUAAAGCGGCCGCCGCGGUUUGCCUCUGUCCCAACCCUGGGCUUUUCUCGGCUGCUGGAGCCGCUGCUCCAAUGUCCCAGAGCGGCCAUGAGCGCCCCGCACUGGUGGGACCAGCUGCGGGCUGGCAGCUCGGAGGUGGACUGGUGCGAGGACAACUACACCAUCGUGCCUGCCAUCGCCGAGUUCUACAACACGAUCAGCAACGUCCUGUUCUUCGUUCUGCCACCCAUCUGCAUGUGCCUGUUCCGGCAGUAUGCAGCCUGCUUCAACAGCGGCAUCUACUUGAUCUGGACUCUCCUAGUUGUAGUGGGAAUUGGAUCCGUCUACUUCCAUGCAACCCUUAGUUUCCUGGGUCAGAUGCUUGAUGAACUUGCAAUCCUUUGGGUUCUGAUGUGUGCUCUGGCCAUGUGGUUCCCCAGAAGGUAUCUACCAAAGAUUUUUCGGAACGACAGGGGCCGGUUCAAGGCAGUGGUCUGCGUCCUGUCUGCGGUUACAACGUGCCUGGCGUUUGUCAAGCCCUCCAUCAACAACAUCUCUCUGAUGACUCUCGGAGUUCCUUGUACUGCUCUGCUCGUGGCAGAGCUAAAGAGGUGUGACAAUGUGCGUGUAUUUAAACUGGGCCUCUUCUCGGGCCUCUGGUGGACCCUUGCCCUCUUCUGCUGGAUCAGUGACCGAGCCUUCUGUGAGCUGUUGUCUUCCUUCCACUUCCCCUACCUGCACUGCGUGUGGCACAUCCUCAUCUGCCUUGCGGCCUACCUGGGCUGUGUGUGCUUUGCCUACUUUGAUGCUGCCUCAGAGAUCCCUGAGCAAGGCCCCGUCAUCAAGUUUUGGCCCAGCGAGAAAUGGGCCUUCAUUGGUGUCCCCUAUGUGUCCCUUUUAUGCGCCAACAAGAAAUCUCCAGUCAAGAUCACAUGACAGCAAGGCGGUGGCUGGCUUCUCUGCUUGUUUUCCCUCACGCACUGGGCUUCAUUUGCUAGCAAAGACAGCCAAGGGGGUUCAAUGAGUUGGGGUGUGGCCCGUCUUUUAAAAUUUCUAUUCCCUUGGGCUCUAACUAGUGUGUCUGUAGACCGCAGGAUUCCCCUGGGCCCAGAAGUGAGUGUCUUUCCCUUUCCCAAAGAUGGAGAGUAGAGGGCUUAGGGACACUAGGUGCAUACUUUGUAGCCUCAUUUCUAGAUGCUGUGGCUUUUUGGGUUGAAUCCUUUAUGGCCAUGCAGAGCAGUCCUUCGAGAAACCCAGCCCUCCACAAUGCCUCUCUUCCUGGAGAAAGCUGGCCUGCUACAGCCCCUGCCAUUCCCAGGCAACCUUGGAGUGAACUCUACCAUUGACAGACCCAGCAAUGACAAGACCCUCUGACUCUGAGGGAAGGUGCUAGAGAUUUUCAUUUGGGAAAACUGCCCUUAGACAAAACUAAACAAAUGAAAUACACACAGGGCUUGUGGCUAACUAGGCUAGUUUUUCACUUGCAACUCUCAACUAACCCAGGUUUUACAAACAUUUGUGAAUCCUUUUACUACUACCUCUUGCUGAGAGAUGGAGACUUACUUUCAGAUGAGGGUAAAGCUAACGAGUAAAACCCUCAGUGCCAAAAUCUGUACUCCACUGUAAGCCGUUCUUGAAGAUGAGCACAAUUUUUAAGUAUUGAAAGUACUUCUGCCUCCCCUCUCCUGCCUCAGUUCAGUAGCCUAAAAUACAGAAGAAUAGACCCACCUCCUAUGACCUGACCUCUGUUUUUACCAAAGGGCUCCUUACAAUUUUGGUGGAGGUGCUGGUUCAACAUUUGGAGCCAACAUGAAGUUUUUGGAAACUUUUUUUUUCUUAUUUGAAGCCUCCAGGAUGCUAUAGUAUUCUGGAAAUUAUCUUCAGAACUUUCACCUCUCCCUACUCUGACUUUCCUGAGGACCUACACUCCUCACCCUCGGAGUGCAAGGUGCUUCCUGUGGUUUCUCAGAGCAUCUGACUGCUCACUCUUCCCGAGUGCUGGCAGUAACCACACACUCACUGCCUGAUUUGAGUGGCUGGUGCAGCAGGACAAAUCCGUUGCCGUCUGAAUUUUUCUUAUCUAACGAGACACUGGCUACUACUUAUCUUCUCUUCCUUGGGGUGAAUGAAAGAUUCCAAUCUGUCUCCAAGGCAUCAGGUGGGAAUUAUCAAUCUCAGGGAUAAUUUAAACUCAGGCAUCUCCUGCUUUUUAACAUUCCAUUGUUGGGCGAAGGCAGGACGGGCGUGUCCUUCUUAUGUGGACAGGAGUCACGUCACUGUCCUAAGAAUCUAAGAGUUAACAAGUUUUUGGCACAUCCAGCUCUUUAAUGUGCUUAGAAAUGGCACAGGUGAUCCAAGGUGAAGAACCCAAUCAGCAACUGAAUUUAGAGUUUGAACAUGAAUUUCUUUAUUCUACCUCUCGCCAUUAAAUUACUUAGCAGCAGAACCUUGUUUGCAGUAAGAAAUCUUUAUGUGUGAAGUAAGUUAUAUUUUAUUAACUCCAAUUUAUUUAAUAUUAAAUUUAUAGCAUUUACUUAAUAAUAUAUCAGGUAGUGAAAGUGCAAAUUAACACAUUGGUGAUUUCCAGGUAGAAAAAUUUGGUGUUAAAUGGGUCAAAAAUGACCUUUCCAUUAAACAUUUGUGGAACCUCAAAUGCACCUCUCGGAGACCUAGGUGGUUCAUGGAACAGAACUGCUGUUAAGUCUUUGGGCUUCAAGUUUUUUUUUUUUUUUUUAGAGACAGAGUCUCACUUUAUCACCCUUGGUAGAGUUCCGUGGCGUCACAGCUCACAGCUACCUCCAGCUCCUGAGCUUAGGCAAUGCUCUUGCCUCAGCCUUCCGAGUAGCUGGGACUACAGGUGCCCACCACAAUGCCCAGCUAUUUUUGUGUUGCAGUUUGGCCAGGGCCAGGUUUGAACCUGCCACCCUUGGUAUAUGGGGCAGGUACCCUACCCACUGAACCACAGGCACCACCUGGUCUUCAAGUUUUUAAAGGGAGACAAUCAGACCAUUCUCAUUUCAGAUUGACUUUAUCAGGUAUAGAUUGUAGUCUCCUCUGUUUAGCAGCAUAAAAAUGCUCCAAAGUAGAGAGUUUGCCCAGCUGUCUUAGCGUAGAAGCACAAAUAAGUAGCAGAAUGGGUGGGUGGAAGGAUUUUUUUUUUAUGUGAGAUUUAAUUUGUCUUGAGGGUUCCUCACUGAAAGGAGCAUUGUCUCAACAAUUAAGGAAGGACUAUUUCUUCCUAUCCAGUGAAGGACUUGUUCCCUGGGGGCCUUGGAGACACCCCUACCUUCAUUCCCUGGAAAUAGGGAUAAAAUACUAUUGCUGGAUGUAUUUGAAUAGGCCUGGAUGGAAGCACUGGGCUGCUCACUCUUUCUUCUAGAAGACAACUAGGUUGAAAUGUCAAAAGAAAUGCUUUUAAUAUGAAAAGCAAAGUGCCCUUCCUGGAGAUGGGUUAUAAAGAGAUGAGGAUUACAAAAGGCAUGUGGAAUAGGGUAUACUUGAAGAGGACAACUCUGUAACUCUACUUUUGAACAGAAAUCUAUAGCUUGCCAGCCUGGAUAUAAGUCAAAAGAGUAGAAAUAUACCAGUAUUUAAAAAUUUUUUUUAUUAUUUAUUUUUACUUCUGCAAUGACUUGGAACCAAUCUUAUUUUAAGCUGGGUUCGUGGUAUCGUUCAUGUUAUAUAAAAGCACUACAUGCUCUUUAAAGGACAUUGGGAAACUACAGCAAAGUUAAAAAAGAAGAGGGAGAAGAAGAAGAAAAGAGUAACCCGUAUUUCUUUUGCCCAUGUAAAACCAUUGUUGGUAUUUUGGUAUAUUUCUUUGUUUCUGUUUCAUCUUUUCCCCACCCAUUAUGACUGUAAAUACAUGUGUUUUAGAGCUGACAGUUCUUUCUGUAGAUUAAAUGGAAGAUAAAUGCCAACUGUGUAUUUUUUUCCAUGAAGACAAGGAUUGGAAUACACUAGACUUAGCUAUGUCCUUAAAUAUUCAUCACUGAAUCUGAGAAUUACUACCGAAUCUUCAUUUUCAAUCAAGCCGAGCAUGAAUGAGCCCUAGGAAAUAAUGUAUUGAGUUCUACUUUUUAAUAUGCUUCUGCACGGGGAUUAAUGAGUCACAGUAAAUAGCUGUUAAAUAUGUGACUUCACAGAUUUUGAUGUUUAGAUUUAUAAAAAAUGUCUUAUUUCGUUAAUUGAUGUACAAUCAGGAAUCUCCUUCGUCUUUCCUCUGAGUAGACAUUUAGGAGUUAGGAAGGUUACAGCAGCGGUUACUCGGCCUGGCUGUCAAAUUUUGUUCUAGUUAGUUUGCCCAAGAUCCAUACCCAGUAGGAACUGGAUUUAAGAUAUAAAAAACCAUUACUGUUACCAAGGGAUCCUUCUAGUCAGUGAUUCUUAGUGUGUUGAUUAUUGAUUAUUAGAAGAAUAAAUCUUUCUCCCCUUUAUGACUUUAUUAUUGUAAAGCCAGCCCUUUAGUGAGCACAUUUAAAGUGUGUGGGGAUGAGAAGUCUGAAUCCUUUUGGUAAUGGGCUACAUUUGGGGGAAUACUGUGCCUGUCCAAUGAAGAGUGCCUAAAACAUUAGUUGUACAUGAAAGGUGUUCUACUGGGGGACCAAGCUUGACAGUCAUCAAACUCAGGCUUUGUAGAAAUGCUGCCACCUGUCCCAUGGAGUGGGUUUCUCAGGCUGUAAACACUUCUUUCACCAGUUCAUCAGGCUUCAGUGAGCCAGGGCGAGGCUGAAGGCUCCUGGACUGGGAUUUGAGCCUUCCCUGGCUCCUUAUCCCUUGGGGCUGAUGUGGAACCAUCCCUAGGGGGCAGGUGAGAGCCGAAGCUUGCCCAGCCAGGGUCCCUCUCCUAACUCCUUUCCCGCCAAAUGAACUCCUUUGUCUGGGUGCCCUUGUUCCACCUGGUCAGAGAGAAGUCUUGGGCCAGAUUGGGAUUCUCCGUGGAUUUUUAUAGACAUCAUUCUCCUACAGACUGAAGAAAAAUGGCCUCUACAUUAAGGGACUAAUCGUUUGAAUUGUAUCCUUCCCUGUAUGUUAAAUUGUAUUUAAGACUAUUUUAUAACCACAAUAUGUAACCAGAGCAAAUGUAGUAUUUUCAGAUAUAUACGUUAUUUUAUACCUUAGAUUGGGUGUGCUGUAUGAGAGUGGUAUGACCACUGGCUAUGGUAAAAUUGAAUUUCCAUUGCCUGGGAGUGAUUUAAAGCCUUCAAAAAUGGAGCUUUUGCACUUUAUGCUUUUUUGUGAACUGACUAUGAUGACUGAUAUUACAACUGUAAAUGGCAUUUUCUGUGAAUGAAUAUGUAUGUUUGUGUCUGUUUCUAAAAUGAUUUCUGAAGUAUCUGCAGUGAAAAUGUAUCAAAAGCACAUGUGCCCGAAUUCAUUUCUUGAUGAAUUUGGGUACCAUUGUUAUUAAAUAUGUUUAAAAUAA